AUGAACCUUAUUUUUAAGGCUUUUGGGGAGAGAAGAAACGCAUAUAUCCCUCCAAACUAGCAAGAAACAAAUUAAACAAACCCAUUUCAUUUUCAUAGAGAGCUUUAUAAACUCUGAAAUUUUCGCUCUUUUUUUCUUUUUGUUAGUUCCAAAAAAUGGGAAACAGCUUGGGAGGCAAGAAGACAACCAAAGUGAUGAAAAUAAACGGUGAGACAUUCAAAUUGAAGACACCGAUCCAAGCCAAUGAGGUAGUGAAGGACUACCCAGGUCACGUGUUGUUAGAAUCAGAAUCCGUGAAGCAUUUCGGAACAAGAGCUAAGCCUCUAGAACCUCACCAAGAAUUGCAGCCAAAGAGGCUGUAUUUCCUUGUGGAAUUGCCUAAAGUUCAAAAAGAGCAAGUUCCAAGGAGAGUGAGAUCGGGCAUAAACAUGAGCGCCAAAGACAGGCUUGAGAAUUUGAUGCUGGCUCGGAGAUCGAUUUCCGACCUUUCGAUCAUGAAACCGACAUACAUUUCCCAAGAUGAGAUGAUGACAAAAGGAGGAGUAUCGGAAAAUGGUGGUGGUGUGAGGGUGAGGAUGAGAUUGCCGAAAGCGGAGGUUGAGAAGUUGAUGAAGGAAAGCAAAAACGAAGAGGAAGCAGCGGAGAAGAUCAUGGAGAUCUAUUUGAUGAAUAAUAAUGGUAAUGGAAAUGGUGGGAAACAGAUUGCAGAGAAGGUGGAUGAUGAUGAUGAUAAGGUUAGUUUGAGAUUGAACCAGCAAAUGCAUUGGAAUAAUAAUAAUAAUAAUAAGGAUGGCCAUGGAAGAGUUAGAGAUGGUAUCAAAAACAGGGCUGAGAAAAGAGUGAGUUUCUGUCCAAUCAAUGAAGGUGAGAUUCAAAUAGCUGUGGCUUAAUAAUAGCAUGCAAGUGAGGAUCAAGGUGAAGCUGCGAAGGGCUUUUAGGCCCUCUACUUCACAAUCUUUGUAGAAUAUGUUUUCUGUUUGUACAAACACUUAUAUAUAUGCACUAUGUUUAACACUGAUCUGUAAAUGGAAGAAAGGAGAUUAUAGAUGCUCAUGAUUUACUA